AUGCCGCUAAACGGGUACAUCCUGACGCUGCCGAAGGUUUUAUGGGGCAACGUGACAGUAUCUGCUCACCUCAACCUCUUCAAUGUCGCUGACGAGGGAUCCAUCACCCUCAAGUUCAUGCGAAUCGAUUCCAACGUCACGAUUUGGGAGCAGACCGAAAAAAUCAAAGGCGAGGCUUCGAAGUCCGUGCCGUUGUACGUGCCAUGGGUGUCCGAAUCCCAAAUGAUGCAACUGAAGAUCGAGGGAAGAUUCGGCACUCUGUCACUGCCAUCGUACACGAUCGAGAAUACUCAAAACGUGUACGUGGAGGCUCGACCCUGGAUAACGUUCAUCCAGCCUGACAAGGAGUUGUAUUUGCCCGGCCAGCUAAUCCGUUUCCGGAUCCUCUCCGUCACGCCGGAUCUGCGUCCGAGCCUCGAACCGAUUGCCGACGUUUGGCUCGAGGACACGACGGGUACUCGCGUCGCACAGUGGAAAAAUGUGCCCGUCAUCGCCUACGUGGGCAUAGCUCAAAUGGAGUUCCAACUGUCCGAAGAACCACCACAGGGAACCUGGUUCAUAAAAGCGAAAGUCGACGGACAGACAGAGAUGAAAACGAUCCAAGUCUCAGAAUAUGUCUUGCCGAAAUUCUCAUUAACUAUCGUGCGUCCAGACGUCGUCCUUGCAAAUGCUGUGUCCAUUCCUAUUGAAUUUUGCGCCAAAUAUACCCAUGGGCAACCCGUGAAAGGAACGCUGAAUGCCGAAAUUUCACCGCGGACUUACGGGUACAACAUCACGGAAAAGCGGCUGCAGGUGAAAAUAUCGGAUCAACAG